CCCGCCUUGUGGCUUCCUGCCCCCCUGCACCGGACGGGUGUAUUAUAGAUGCGCAUCCAAUCAGGGGGGCCAUUGGACGGGUGCAAUGUAACCGGGUUCGGUAGAGACUACAGGACACAGUCAUUAACCGCACUGGAGGGAGGGUUUAACCAUUAACCGGCAUUAACCAGUAAGGGAGCUGUGCAGAGCCGGUACCGUACAUAAGGCGUGGACGCCGGUGUGCAAGCCUCAGCCCUGAGCGCGUUACCAAGAGCCGGGGGAUACAUGCAGCCAUCCACUCGGGAGUCCUCGUCCUCUCAUCGAUCAUCAUUCUGGUUUGUCCGAUCCUCCUCUCCGGACGUCUGACACUGAAAGGUGACUGUCCACUCUGGAUGGGGAGGUACUUCUCUGCUGGUAAUUCAAUCCUUGUACUGCAGACCUUUAAAUAUCUCCCUUGAAAACCUCCAAGCAGCCACAUGGUGUAAGGUGAGACAUUCCCUGUCCGAUACACAAACCAGUCUGACGUGAUCAGUGGACUGAGAGCGUGACCAGCCUGUGCUACGAUCUGGCCACUCAAGACCUGUGAUUUAAGCUUUUACUGCACUUUGAAGGACUGUUUACAAGUGACUGUGGGGGAUUUCUGUGGUGAGUCCCGGAACGUUGUUUUCUUUUCACUUCUGUGUUGAAAGACUAUGAUUUCUUCUUUUUUUUGUCAGCCUACCCUGAGCACCUUGCAGUGAAUGGAGAACAUACUGGUUCUGCUCCCGAAGCACCGACAGGAACACAGACUCUGCAGACGCGCAGCUGCAUGUUCCUUGCUACAGGUUUUUUCUCACAGAGCAGGUUUCUCCUGGUCUUUAAUAGCAGCACCCACUCCAUGUAAACCUCUUUAAUGGGAUAAAUCAAUUGGACUGAUCAGGUUCAAAACCAGAUCAGGUAGCAAAUUCCAUUCUAACUUUGCCAAAACAAAAACCAAGGCGCACUGACCUUUCUUUGUCAAGCCCGCUGUCUUCCUAAGGCUUCCGCAUGGUACUUUGGUUGAAAGAACAAGACAAACUCCCAGACAUCGACAUGUCCUCCGGGGCCAUUGAGAUGAAGAAGGAGGGAUGCCCCCUAACACCGGCCCUCCUCAACUCCAACUGCUCUGUCUCCCCGGUUAUCCUCAGCAAGGGCCCUGAGGAGGUGAGCCCAGGGACUGAGGGCGUGUUUGAACUCACAGAGGUCACAUCUUUCGCAGAGAGGGCCGGUGAGACAGGGGAGGAUGAGGAGAGGUCAGAGAUUGUGGUGGCGAUGGACUGCCGGGCCAACGCCAAAGGUCAGCGAGAAGAGGACGCUCUCCUGGAGAACGCAAGCCAGAGCAAUGAGAGUGAUGACACCAGCACAGACCAGAGCCCUGAACCACCCGCACCGCUCAAGGAGACCUCCUUUUCCAUUGGCCUGCAGGUGGUUUUCCCCUUCCUGCUGGCCGGGUUCGGGACAGUGGCUGCAGGAAUGGUGCUAGACAUCGUCCAGAUUUUCCUGGUCUCUUGGCAGACUUUGAUUCACACUAUGUCUGUGGAUCUGAGGGUAAUGAAGACAGCAUUGCGUCUUAAAGCUGAGCACUGGACAGUGUUUACGGAGGUGUCGGAGGUGUUCAUUCUGGUUCCAGCGCUGCUGGGACUCAAGGGCAACCUAGAGAUGACGCUGGCCUCCAGACUUUCCACAGCGGCUAAUAUUGGUCAGAUGGACACAACCAAGGACAUGUGGAAGAUGAUCAUGGGCAACCUGGCCCUCAUCCAGGUCCAGGCCACAGUGGUGGGGUUCCUGGCCUCUAUAGCUGCUGUGAUCUUCGGCUGGAUCCCAGAGGGAGACUUCAGGCUUGGCCAUGCAGUGCUGCUUUGUGCCUCUAGUGUGGCCACGGCCUUCAUAGCCUCUCUGCUGCUGGGGCUCAUCAUGAUCGGUGUGAUCAUCGCAUCCAGGAAGGUUGGCAUUAACCCGGACAAUGUGGCCACACCCAUUGCUGCAAGUUUGGGAGACCUGAUCACCCUGUCCCUGCUGGCAGGCAUCUCAACAGGACUGUACAAAGAACUAGAUUACAAUGACUAUGCCAACCCGCUGGUGUGUGCGGUGUUCGUGGCUUUGUGCCCCAUAUGGGUACUGAUAGCCAGGAAGAUCCCAUCCACCAGAGAAGUCCUCUACUCUGGCUGGGAGCCGGUUAUCAUCGCCAUGGCGAUCAGCAGUGUCGGCGGUCUGAUCCUCGACAAAACCGUCACCAACCCAAACUUUGCUGGCAUGGCUGUCUUCACCCCAGUCAUCAACGGUGUGGCAGGUAACCUGGUUGCAGUUCAGGCCAGUCGGAUUUCCACCUAUCUGCACAUGAACGGUCUACCAAUGGGGGAUCCCAACCUCACCCCCAGGAAGUGCCCCACACCCUGCACCUCCUUCUUUGGCUCCUCUGUGAACUCUCGUUCAGCCCGUGUGCUCUUCCUCCUUGUCGCCCCGGGUCACCUCGUUUUCCUUUACACCAUCAACUCCCUUCGGGGUGGACACACCACCCUGACGCCCAUCUUUAUCACCUUCUACCUGGCUGCUGCACUACUUCAGGUAAUAAUCCUCCUCUACCUGGCAGACUGGAUGGUCCACUGGAUGUGGGGCCGAGGAAUGGACCCCGACAACUUCUCCAUCCCCUACCUGACGGCUCUGGGUGACUUGCUGGGAACCGGCUUCCUCGCCCUCUGCUUCCACAUGCGCUGGUUCAUCGGGGACAGAGACACGAAUGUGGGCAACUGAAUGCAUGCACAGACACGCACAAAAAACCCCAUCUUCAGCUGUUCACUUGCACACACAGAUGGUGAUGAACCUCACCCAUUAUCUGAAACUGGAAGAUGUCUACAUUAAAAGGGCUAAUCUCCUGUAGGGCUCUGAUUGAUAGUAUAGUGCACUCGUAGGGCAGUAGCCUUUCUUCAGGAUAUCAGGACACUGACGCACCAGAGUAGCUGCCCAGAAUCCAGACAGUAUUUCACUUUAAAAACAAUGGAAUCACACAUAUCUCCUUGUCAACCACUCGACAAUACUCAACCUGUUGGAUUCAGCCCCACAGACUCCACUCCUCCUCUAUUUUCCCUAAUAACUUGUCCAACUACUUUUGUUAUAAUUCUACUAUUGACAAUGAUUGAUUGUUGGUAAAUGUAUUUGAUAUGAAUCAUUAUUUGUUCUAUUUGAAUGGCCAGUCCUCAUUAUUUUCAAUGGGGACUUUUGCCCUCUUAUUUUUAAAGAUCAACUUUUAACACUUGAAACCAAGAUGACAAAGACAGCAAAAAAUAUAUUCAAAACAAGCUAGAAUGCUUAGUCACCAAGUGCUAUGUCAUAUACACAGAAAGAAUCUUGUAUGGAAUAGUGUAUUUCAUUUAUUUCUUCGUAGAGUACAUUUGGCUAGGUUCCCUCUGUUUUACUUUGGCCUUGUGAGAGUACGAAACAGGCUUGGGGAGGGUUUAUUACAGGGGACCAGACCACAAACAAGAAGCUAAAGCACUUUUGGCUCCCAUCAAUGGAUAUCUUAAUUUGAGAAGGAAUAACGGCCAGAAAUCAAGUUUAUAAUCUCUGCAUUAAGUCCCGCACAAUCCAGGGCUUGAGAAUUGGGAGUCACAGCCCAACAAUAGCUUGUAAGCCUACUGAGGUUGAGAAUCACCUAGUAGUAAGGAUUGUGUCUUCAUUUACACAGUAAUGUCUUUUGUCCCCCAAAACUUCUCUAGAGUUCACAGAGGAUACAUCGUUUUUUUUUGUUUUUUUUCUUUACAAAUUCUGCUAAAUACAACAGUAGUGAAAUUUCCUGAGGCAGAUACUUAUAUUCAAAAGUGAUCAAAUACACAGAAAUUGGAAAAUAGUAUGUGGAAAAUUACAGCAGUACAACUGUCGGUGAGGAAGAAAAAUGCAUUCACCUAACGUUUGCUGACUGAUUUUUUUGUGGGUUCCAAGAGAUUCAAGUAGUCUUAGUCUUUUGCCCUGAUUGUUCCAGGUGAGAAUAGCACCAGUCCCCCUGUCUGAAACCAUCCGCCAACUCUCUACUGGAGCAAGCUAGUUGUUGUUGUGUUGCCCAUGCCAGGAACUACAGUCAGUGACAAGAGGGGGACAAACUAGACCAAGUGGCCACAUCACUUGGUCUAGUUUGCACAAUCUGACAAGAGAGAGAAGGUUAAUGAUGUUCUUUGUGGGUAUUUGAGGUCUUUAGGUGUUUAAUUUAGAUUCCCACAAAAACUGACUAAUUAUGUCCCGUUAUGAGACUACUGGAGGAGGCUGCGGCAAACAUAUUUAGUAUAUUAGUGGUGUUAUUAGUUUUCAUUUUGCUGCCUUCAGAUUUAGAUUUACUAAAAGAUCACCCCUUAGAGCUUCGUGAGGGCCCAGUCACACCAGCAAAAAACCCCUGCUAAAUCAAUUCCAAUAUUAAACUAUAAAAUCAUUCUACUCACUCACAAAGGUGAAGCAAAUAUUUUGUGUGGAGUUAAGCUUAAGUGAACUUUACUAGUAGCAAAAUGUCUUGAGGAUGAAGGGAGCUAUCAUGGAUUAUUAGCUGUAUUGCAUCAUCCACUUUUAUUUCCCUCUGUUAGAGUAUAAACUGCUCAACAAAAGAGAGGAAAGGUCUGUAGACAGUUAUGAAACAUACUAUGAUACAUGUUUUAAAUGAACUGUAAAAACCUAUUGUCCCAUUGGUGACCAAAAGUUCUCAAAGCUAGCGAGGUGUCUGUCAGUUAGUAUGUUUCGUUAGCUUAGACAGCUUUUAUCCCUCAGUAACACUUUAUGGAAGGAAAUGUUUCUCAUAGUUGACAACAAAAUGCUUAGGGAAUUAAAGCACACAGCUUUUGCGAAGAGCUUUAUUGAACUUUGUUGAUUUUUUUGCAAAUUCAUACAUCAGUUUCAUCAAGAAAUGUUAUACUGCUUCCUUAAGGAGUAUAAACUGUCUGCACCACAGGAGAGAUGCAGUCUGAAAUCAGCCAUUAAUCAAAAGUUCAUGGUUCUGUGUUGAGACAAAAAAUUAUUUUGCUUUGGUAGUUUCUCAUGUGACUGGGCACUGAGGAUGAUUUCAUUACAGGAUAGAGUAAAGGUACAGGUACAGAAAAGUGUGGGGGGUUUUUCUCUGGUUAUAUGCCAAAAUAAUAAAGUAACUUAUUAAACCCCACCACAGCCACAAACAAACACACACACACACAAACAAUCUUCCACCAGACUCAGCUGACCUGAGCUGACUCUCGCUGAGGGCUUACAGGUGAGAUGAAUGAAAAAGGAAGUUGUGAGCCAGUGUGACAGACUGUACCGAGUACAGAUGAUGACCCAGAGUUAAAGCCCAGUGUCUUAGAAGAAACUUGCAUGUGAUGCUUGACAUAUCUGGCUCUUGUCAAACUUCUGUGCGGUUUCGAAGGGGGACAGCAGAAUGCAUGUGCAAGGCACAGAAUGUGCAAAAUGUGAUUAUUUUAUUUAAAAAAAAUCUUUUGUCUGUUAAUUAUGUUAAAAAUGUUCUUUUUUUUCUUUCUAUUCCUGUCCUCCGUUCCCUAAUCUCUUUAACUCUUAUUGGUUAUUGAAUUUCACCGAGCAAACAACCACUGUAAAGAUGAAGCAACUUCUCUGACACUGGUCACAUACACAAGUACUGUAAUCUGCAAAAUGGACAACAGAGGGCACCACAGGGAUUCUCUUAACUGUUAUUCUCUGUGUAUCUCUGUCCCCGGAUUCAACCCCCCCCCUGCAUUUCUACAGCAUUUGCCAUGUUGUUAAAGUGGCAUCCUUCCAUGUGUUGUCUUUCAGUCUGUAUCCUCCGCUCUCUUACUGACCAGGUGCCAGCUGCACUCUGCCUCUAUAUCAAUGGAAAGUUGUGAAUACUUCUAUAAAGGGGCAAAUAAUGCUUUGUCUAUUUAUUUUUAGAAACACAAAGCAAAUUGUACAUACUAUAUUUAUUCUAUAUAUAAGGUUGUUUAUUUUGUCAUUUAAUUUUGGCUCAGUUUCUUUAUCACCAUGAUGUUGUCAUUGUCCUCUUCUCUUUAAUGUGUGUUUUUUUCCAUUGCAAAGGCCAGUAGAGCUUUUUGGUGCUUGCCGCAAUAGAAUGGCGGUGACGCAAAUGAAUAACACAGUGCCUAAUACCAGUCUUUACACACUUGACACACACACACACACGCACGCACACACACACACACCCACACCCUGUCGAAAGCAUACUUAUAAGGCAUAUGACCUUAACCUGUCAGAGCCAAGCUCGACUCAGAGUAACCAAUCAGGAGCAAGGUUCGCCACUGAGUAGUGUCUCUUUAAUUCGUUUUGAUUAAUAAAAGAUGUACAGUAUGAUUAUGAUGUGUAAUGUAAUAAUGAUUUUUUAGACGUAGCGGUGGAGAGGAGGGCUGGUAGCAUCAGUUCCAAGCUUUUGUUCACGUGAAUCUGCAAAAAUUAGAGCAGAGUGAAAAACCAGGGCAGCUGAAAGAUCUGGAAUCAAGUUAAGCACCAGUGGAAGUGAGAUAUCAACCCACAAACACAUCUGAAAAAAAUACAGUGAUUAUUCUGAUUCCAGAUGUUUCCCCUGGUAUAUAACAUACCAUGCCUUUAAAACCCUUUACCCAACUACUGCCUUGUUAACCUCAGUGCUUCAAAGCCCAGAGCCUCUGAACUCACAGGGAACCAUGCUGAUGCCAAUGCCGACAUCAAGAUGGAUGCUUUGAUUCAGACUCUAAAUGUCCACCUGUCCCUGCACUUAUGUUGCCUAUAAGGAUGAACAGAUAUAAAAACAUGUAGUCUUACUGGGGCUGAGGUCGUUGCGUUCUCUGUGCGUUCUUGUAAACGCCCUCCCUCUGUGAGGCUGGAGGAAGUCUUUCUCCCUGCAGGACUUUGUAAAUUGUUGGAAAUAAAGGAAUCUAUAAUUUCAUACCA